AUGGCUCAGAAGCUAAAGGUUGCCGUGGCGCAAGCGCGGACUCGCUCCUCUCUGGAGUCGACCCUUGCCGCCCUAAAGCAAAUCACCCAACACGCAUCUUCUCAAGGUGUGAAGCUUUUACUUUUCCCCGAAGCCUACCUGGGCGGGUAUCCUCGCACUUGUGAUUUUGGAACUGCUGUUGGGGCUCGCGCUCCCUAUGGUCGUGAACAAUUCCUCCAGUACUUCAAGGAUGCAGUGGAUCUCGGUGAUACGCCUGCUGGGGCCGGUGAUGACUGGGUUGAUCGCAAGCUCCCAACAGCGAAGGGCUCUGAUCGUCGUGGGGAUGGUACAAGGGAGUUCCUCGAACAGCUGUCGAAGGAAACGGGUGUCUUUCUCACUGCCUCCGAGCGUCUUAUUUGGGCCCAGGGUUCGCCGGCAAGUCUCAAGGCUGUCACCACGGAGAUUGAUGGUGUGAGGCUCACCAUUGCGGCAGCUAUUUGCUGGGAGAAUUUCAUGCCUCUUCUCCGUCACAGUCUGUACUCGCAGAACGUGAACAUUUAUCUUGCACCCACGGCUGACAGUCGAGAUACCUGGCUGCCCCUCAUGCGGACUAUCGGUGGCGAAGGCCGCACGUUUGUAUUGUCAUGCAACCAGUGCGUACGGUAUAAUGAAUUGCCUUCUUGGAUCACCGAUCAAGCCGAAGAUGCCUCGGAAGGUACGACGCUCAAGACAUCUGUCGUCCUCUGA